AUUGUGCCUGGAAACAGAAAUGAUAUUCUCUGAGAUGAGCACGCUUUCUGGGUCUCCUAAAUUGCAUCCUCCUAAUGGAACUCGGUUUUAUACUUUCCAGGAAUUUGCUGCACUUACAAAAGAACUAAAUGCAUGCAGGGAACAACUACUGGAAAAAGAAGAAGAAAUUUCAGAAUUGAAAGCUGAAAGGAAUAAUACAAGACUGUUACUGGAACAUUUGGAAUGCCUUGUUUCAAGACAUGAAAGGUCACUGAGAAUGACAGUGGUGAAACGCCAAGCACAGUCUCCCUCAGGAGUUUCCAGUGAAGUUGAAGUUCUGAAAGCAUUGAAAUCUUUGUUUGAGCACCAUAAGGCUUUAGAUGAAAAGGUAAGGGAACGACUAAGGGUUUCCUUAGAAAGAGUCUCAGCGCUUGAAGAGGAACUAGCAGCUACUAAUCAGGAGAUUACAGCUUUGCGUGAACAAAAUGCACACAUUCAAAGAAAAAUUACAUCAGGAGAGGAUCCAUCUGAUACAGAGCAUAUCAAAGGAAUGGAGCCUGGACAAAAAAUUCAUGAAAAGCGUCUGUCAAAUGGCUCUAUAGACUCAAAUGAUGAGACUGCUCAGUUGGUAGAACUGCAAGAACUUCUUGAAAAGCAAAAUUAUGAAAUGGCACAGAUGAAGGAUCGCUUGGCUGCACUGUCUUCCAGAGUUGGAGAGGUGGAGCAAGAUGCAGAAACUGCUAGGAAGGACCUCAUUAAAACUGAAGAACUGAACAGCAAAUAUCAGAGAGAUAUUAGAGAGGCUAUGGCCCAGAAAGAAGAUAUGGAAGAAAGAAUAACUACCCUGGAGAAACGUUACCUAAGUGCACAGAGGGAAUCUACUUCCAUACAUGACAUGAAUGACAAAUUGGAAAAUGAACUGGCAAACAAAGAAGCCAUCCUACGUCAGAUGGAGGAAAAAAACAGGCAGCUGCAAGAACGUCUUGAGCUAGCUGAGCAAAAGCUACAACAAACAAUGAGAAAAGCUGAGACUUUACCAGAAGUGGAGGCAGAAUUGGCCCAGAGAAUUGCAGCACUGACUAAGGCAGAAGAAAGACAUGGCAAUAUUGAAGAACGCAUGCGGCACCUAGAGGCUCAGUUGGAAGAGAAGAAUCAAGAACUUCAAAGGGCAAGACAAAGAGAAAAAAUGAAUGAAGAGCACAACAAAAGAUUGUCUGAUACAGUGGACAGACUUUUGACAGAAUCUAAUGAACGUUUGCAACUGCAUUUGAAAGAGAGAAUGGCAGCAUUGGAAGAGAAGAAUGUUUUAAUAGAAGAAUCAGAAAACUUCAGAAAGACUUUGGAAGAAUCUCUGCAUGAUAAGGUACCCUACAAAAAAUGUAAAUAUGGUGAAAAUGCAACAAUUUUGGAAUAUGUGAAGAGUAUUUCUAGUUUUCUAACACAUCUUGACUCAUCAGCAGAACUGAGGUACUCCGUGGGCUCACUAGUUGAUAGUCAACCAGAUUAUAGGUCUACUAAAGUGAUAAGGAGACCUAGAAGAGGUCGUAUGGGAAUCCUAAGAGAUGAACCAAAGGUAAAAUCCCUUGGAGAUCACGAGUGGAAUAGAAACCAGCCAGUUGGAGUUCUAAGCAGCCAUCAUUUUGAGAGUGACACUGAAAUGUCUGAUAUAGAUGAUGAUGAUAGAGAUACAAUUUUCAGUUCAAUGGAUCUUUUGUCACCAAGUGGACAUUCAGAUGCUCAGACCCUUGCUAUGAUGCUUCAGGAACAACUAGAUGCAAUCAAUAAAGAAAUCAGGUUAAUCCAGGAAGAAAAAGAAUCCACAGAACUGCGUGCUGAAGAAAUAGAAAACAGAGUUGCUAGUGUGAGUCUAGAAGGCUUAAAUCUGGCCAGGGUUCAUCCUGGAACAUCUAUUACUGGCUCAAUAACUGCAUCUUCAUUAGCAAGCUCCUCUCCUCCCAGUGGCCACUCAACUCCUAAACUCACUCCACGCAGCCCAGCUAGGGAGAUGGAUCGGAUGGGGAUCAUGACACUGCCAAGUGAUCUCAGGAAACAUCGAAGAAAGAUUGCAAUAGUUGAAGAAGAUGGACAUGAAGACAAGGCCACAAUAAAAUGUGAAACCUCUCCUCCACCAACCCCUAGAGCCAUUAGAAUGACUCACACUCUACCUUCUUCAUACCACAAUGAUGCCAGAAGUAGUUUGACUGCAUCCUUGGAACCAGAAAGUAUUGGCUUUGGCAGUGUCAAUAGCAGCCAGGAUUCCUUGCACAAAGCUCCCAAGAAGAAAGGAAUAAAGUCUUCAAUUGGGCGCUUGUUUGGUAAAAAAGAGAAGGCACGACUUGGACAGCUAAGAGGCUAUAUGGAAACGGAAGCUGCAGUACAGGAAUCUCUGGGAUUAAGCAAACUUGGAACCCAGGCAGAAAAAGACCGAAGACUAAAGAAAAAGCAUGAACUUCUGGAGGAAGCUCGGAGGAAGGGAUUACCCUUUGCACAGUGGGAUGGGCCAACGGUAGUUGCCUGGUUAGAGCUGUGGCUGGGAAUGCCUGCAUGGUAUGUUGCUGCUUGCCGUGCAAAUGUGAAAAGUGGUGCCAUCAUGUCUGCACUGUCAGAUACUGAAAUCCAGAGAGAAAUUGGAAUCAGCAAUCCACUCCAUCGCCUGAAGCUCCGUCUGGCAAUCCAAGAGAUGGUGUCACUCACAAGCCCAUCAGCCCCUCCAACUUCUAGAACGAAGGACAAUGAGGAAGGCAGCUGGGCUCAGACCCUGGCUUAUGGUGAUAUGAACCAUGAAUGGAUUGGUAAUGAAUGGCUUCCCAGUCUAGGGUUACCACAGUACCGAAGUUACUUCAUGGAAUGUUUGGUGGAUGCAAGGAUGUUAGAUCAUCUAACAAAAAAAGAUCUCCGUGUACAUUUAAAAAUGGUGGAUAGUUUUCAUCGAACAAGUCUGCAAUAUGGAAUCAUGUGUUUAAAGAAACUGAAUUAUGAUAGAAAAGAAUUAGAAAGGAGAAGGGAAGCAAGUCAGCAUGAAAUAAAAGAUGUGUUGGCGUGGAGCAAUGACAGAGUUAUACGCUGGAUACAAGCAAUUGGAUUACGAGAUUAUGCAAACAAUGUGUUAGAAAGUGGUGUGCAUGGGUCACUCAUAGCCUUAGAUGAUAACUUUGAUUAUAGCAGUUUAGCCUUAUUGUUGCAGAUUCCAACACAGAAUACCCAGGCACGGCAGAUUCUCGAGAGGGAAUACAACAAUUUAUUGGCACUAGGAACAGAUAGACGCCUUGAUGAAAGCGAUGACAAGAAUUUUAGGCGUGGCUCUUCCUGGCGAAGACAAUUUCCUCCACGUGAAGUUCAUGGAAUCAGCAUGAUGCCUGGCUCUUCAGAAACACUGCCAGCUGGAUUUAGGUUAACUACAACAUCAGGACAGUCACGAAAAAUGGCAACUGAUGUUGCUUCAGCUCGGUUGCAGAGGUUAGACAGUUCUACAGUUCGCACAUAUUCCUGUUGACAUAUCUAGCAUGAAAAAGAGCUCCGAACUGAAAUGCCACCUCUUUCUUCUAUUUUACCUGAAGUGCACUACCACCAUCUUAAGAAGCUUUUUAUUCCAAGAACAGGGUAAUAGGGAAGAAAAUAUAAAUGUUUAUCAAACUAAAAUGUGUGGUGAUCUUUUUACAUAUUUAGUUGUAAUGUGCAACCUACCAAAUACUACUGUCGCACAAUUUUUUAAUCCUUUCUGUGGAAUUGACACGAAAGUUGGUCACAAUCUCCACUAAAAUGAUUGAAUAGUGUGUAGCACCAAUAUUGUCCAGAUUGCACAUCUGAUGUAGUUUAAUUAAUAAUUACUAAUUUUUAAAAGUACACAUCCUGACAAAUUUGGCCAAUGUGCAGAAAUAAUGCUUUUAUCAAAAGGGGGCCUUCAUUUUGAAACGUGUUCCAUCUGUUUUAUUGUAAUAUAUUAGAAUUACAUGUAUUUAUGGUGAAUUU